GAAGUUGACACAAGCAGCGCAGACACAGCUACACAGACCACAACCUGCCCAGCCCGAGAGAGGAGAAACUGCUGCACAUUUUCACAAAAAAAACCCCGGGAGACUUCAUCAUCAGUGAUCUGACAGAGACACAGGAGUCCCCCCAAUUUCCAUUUCUGAAAACCCUGGACAGAGGAGACUGACGACCUCUUUCUCCCAGUAUGGCGGCGUGGGACCUGGCAGUCACAGUGGAGGACCUGGGGUCUGACGCGCCACCUGUCACCCUCAGUGUGGCCUCUGACCUCCAUGUCGGAGGGGUCAUCCUGAAGCUGGUGGAAAAGACACAGAUAAAGCGUGACUGGUCGGACCACGCGCUGUGGUGGGAGCAGAAGCAGCGGUGGCUGCUGCGGACAUCCUGGACUCUGGAGAAAUACGGCAUCCACGCCGACGCCAGGCUGCACUUCAUGCCCCAACACAAGCCCCUGAAGCUGGGUCUGCCCAACGGCGUCACCCUGAGGCUCCGGGCCUGCUUCUCCAGCCCCGUCUUCCAGACCGUGAUGGGCAUCUGCAGGAUGCUCAAUAUCCGUCACCCCGAGGAGCUCUCACUCCUUCGGCCCGUUGAAGAAAAAAAGAAGAAGAAAGAUAAAAACUCGGCUGAGGAGAUCUACGACCUGUCCGAGGUUCCCCUCUCCUCGGUGUCACGACCCUGUCUGUAUAACGGCAUGCCAGCUCACUUCGCUGACUCACCUGAGAUGGAGGCCAUCUACAAGAUGCUGUCAGUGACCCAGCCUCCCCCCACCCCCGAGGCCAUAGCCAAGCAGUACCGCCCGGCCAGUGUGGUGGACAAGGCUCACAUCCACGGCAGGUGGCUGGACUCGUCCCGUUGUCUCAUGCAGCAGAACAUCCAAGAAAAUGACAGACUCUGGCUCCGCUUCAAAUAUUUUGCCUUCUAUGAUAUAGAACCGAAGUACGAUGUUGUGCGUCUGACCCAGCUGUAUGAGCAGGCACGCUGGGCCAUCCUGCUGGAGGACAUUGACUGCACUGAGGAGGAGAUGAUGCUGUUUGGAGCUCUACAGUACCACAUUAGUAAGGUUUCCCAGUCGGAGCCCCAGAUGCUGAGCUCCAGUGCAGCCAUGGACGACCUGGAGUCCGCCCUGCAGUCCCUGGAGGUCAAGAUGGAGGAAGGGAGCAGCUCCGCCUCCGAGAUGCUGGAAAACAUGACGGCACCAGAACUCAACGACUAUCUGAAAAUUUUCAGGCCAAAGAGGCUGACUCUGAAGGGAUAUAAGCAGUACUGGUUCAAGUUCCAGGAUACCUCCAUUUCCUAUUUCAAGAGCAAAGAGGAGAGCAUCGGAGAGCCCAUUCAACAGAUUAACCUCAAAGGAUGUGAGGUGGCCCCGGAUGUUAACGUGGCAGCACAGAAGUUCCUAAUCAGACUCCUGAUACCAGCGCCUGAAGGCAUGAAUGAAGUCUAUCUGCGCUGCGAGAAUGAGCAGCAGUAUGCUCAGUGGAUGGCAGGGUGUCGACUGGCUUCCAAAGGCAAGAGUCUGGCCGACAGCAGUUUCCAGAGUGAGAUCCAGAGCAUCCGCUCCUUUCUGGCUAUGCAAAAGACCAGCUCUGGUUCCCAUGGCAACACAGCUGCCAGUGAUGAAAGCAUCAAUACUCAUAGUCUGGUGUCGCCACGCUACCACAAAAAGUACAAAGCCAAACAGCUGACCCCUCGUAUCCUGGACGCAUACCAGAAUGUGGCUCAGCUCUCACUGACAGAUGCGGUGAUGCGCUUCCUGCAGAUCUGGCAAGCCCUGCCCGACUUUGGGCUCUCGUACGUUGUUGUCAGGUUUAAGGGCAGCCGGAAAGACGAGGUAUUGGGCAUUGCCCCCAACCGCCUGAUUCGCAUCGACUUGGCAGUGGGCGACGUAGUCAAGACCUGGCGCUACAACAACAUGAAGCAGUGGAAUGUCAACUGGGACAUACGACAGGUGGCCAUAGAGUUUGAAGGCAACAUCAACAUCGCUUUUAGCUGUGUGACUGCAGACUGCAAAAUCGUUCACGAGUUUAUCGGAGGCUACAUUUUCAUGUCAACGCGUAGUCGUGCGCAGAGCGACACGCUAAAUGAGGAGCUUUUCCACAAGCUGACCGGCGGCCACGAAGCUCUUUAGGACUAAAACACACAAAAACAAACACCUGUGUGUCUCAACGGUGGGAAACCACGUGGAAUAGGAUUUCAUGCUUCGUUCAUCAGAACUGCACAAAACAAAUAGUCAAAAUAGGAUUCAUGUGUUAAACCGCUCUUGUCAGUCCAUCUAGAGUUUUAUGUAGCCUUAUUUACACUCACAUACGCACAUACACUGUCAUAAUCUACAUCAGUUGAUGGACUACAUGUUCAGACAGUUCAAGAUCCUCGGUGGUCCUCACACUGACUUCCCCUUUACUUCAGGAGGCGGACUGCUGCUGGGCCAAACUGCUGGACAUCUGGUCCAGGAUCAGCAGGCUUGACACUCAAACUUGUGGAAAUGUAAAAUCAACAGUUGCAUCAGCCGGCAGCAAAUUUCUGUUUUGCCUCCUGUAUCCUCCUUUGUCCAGAGCUGCAGUUUUACGGCCAGUAUCAUUAUCUCAGCCAAGAAUCAAAGAAACACAUGCCAAUAUGAUGUUUUCCCAAACUUAAGACAAUCAUUUAUUAAAAUAAAUAUAAGCAAUUCACUUUUAA